AUGGCUUCUCCAAGAGACAGCAACAAUGGCUCCACUGGCCGGGCCUACUCUGCCCAGUUCACGAUGAUGGACAAGGUCAAGGAGUAUCUCGAGGCUCUGAACCUCGCUGUGAGCGAGAAGCUGCACAUUCAUGCAGCUGUCGUCCACCACGAAGAUCUUCCGCACGACAACGCCGAAAGCUCAGCUGCUUCAACCACUGAAACCGGCACUGUUACACCUUCGUCCGUCCGAUCCGUUGUACCUGAUCGCCUCAACAUGCGCAUUCCACCCCUGAACUACGGAGCCGUUAUUCCUGGAAGCAUUUACCGCUGCAGCUAUCCUGAGCCGGCCAACUACGGGUUCAUCAAGGACCUCAAGAUCAAGAGCAUCCUCACCCUGGUACCUGAGCCCAUUGCCCCUGAGUACCAAAGUUUCAUGGACGAGGCUGGCAUCCAGCACUUCCGGGUCCACAUUCGCGCGAACAAAGGCGAAGUGCGCAUCGACUCCUGCGAAAUGCAACGAGCUCUGCGCUUGAUCAUGGACCGCACCAACCACCCCAUCAUGAUUCAUUGCAACAAGGGCAAGCACCGCACGGGCUGCACCGUUGCAUGUUUCAGACGGAUCUGCGGCCUCGACAUGGAGACCACCCGCGAGGAGUACCACACAUACGCCGGUAAGAAGGCACGUUUCCUCGACGAAGUGUUCUUUGAGAACUUCGACCUCAACCUCGUCAUGUGGAUGGCUCGGCAAGAGGGCUGGGCUGGCACGCAUGUCGACACUUCCGUCGCCUCCUGCUACGCCUAUCAUGUGUCUCGCCGCGCCGAAGCCAAUGGUUAG